AUGCUGGUGUUUGCAUUCCUGCCCUUCUUUUAUGCGGGAGCAUCCAGUAAUCCAGCCCAGCCUAGGUUCAGCUUCUACUCUGGAGAAUAUGGUGGCAACAGCGGGGAACAUUUUGACCAGUCAAGUAACCAGCUGGACGGCCCCAUAACAGCCCUGAGAGUAAGGGCAAAUGACCGGUACAUCCUAAGCAUCCAAGUUCGCUAUGGCGACUCAUGGUCCAGCGUGGAAGGGAGUGCUGUGGGUACAGCGUCAGACCAGCAGCUGUUUCUCGGAGAGGGAUUUGUGCAGGCCCGGGGCCGUUUUGGAAGCUACGUGGAGUACCUCGCCUUCCGCACCAACCUAGGCCGCGCCAUUUCCUUUGGGCCCAGCUCUGGUUCUGGGACGACCUUUGAGGCAGAGCCUCUGUUCCCAGGCAUGGUCCUGCGCUCCAUCCAUGGACGGUCAGGGCCUUUCAUCAAUGCUAUUGGCUUUCACUGGGAUGAAGAGCCAUGGAUUAGAGGGGGAAACCAAUCCUCCCCUUCCACACUGCCUCCAGAAAUAGCCCAUAUAUAGAACUGUCAUCCAUCUUCCUUCAAGGGGGUGCCUUGAAAAUCAAUAAAAGCAACAUCAAAGUUAAAUAACAGCU